AUGGUGCCCUGGAAACAGGAGGUUAUUAAAAGGGUGCAUGGCGCAGUGGACCCGCUUGGCCCUUCACCAGUCAUCUUCAGGAAGACAGGUGAUUUGGCAGCCUUGGCGAACCCCUUGCAGUGCGAGCUGGCCUGCAAGGCAAUAGAAUGUGAUGAUAUCUCGGCCCUGUCGCCAACGCCAAGGAGUGUUGUGGACGAGGCAGGGCGCAGUGGAUCUUCGUUUGUGGAGUUCGUAGCCUACCUGGCCCGCUUGGCGCUUGACAGUAGGCCCAAGUUCAUCCUUGUGGAAUGUGUGGCGAAUUUAGCAAAGCUUCGAAAGGCAGUGCAGGAGCAAGGAACAGUCGUGGUCAGCGAGAAGCUGAAGAGUCUAGGCUACCAGGGCAAAUGGCAAGUCCUGAACAGCAAGCACUUUGGAGUCGCGCAGAACCGCACUCGCGCUUGGGGAAUCUUUGCCAAGUUGAGCUCAUGCUCCGCUCAGAAGGUUGAGGACGCCUGGAAGCUGAUUUCCCGUUGCCAUGUCAUGCCAGACGUUGGCGACUCGAUACGGUUCCUCCAGUUCCACAGCUGUUUUCACCCUUGUUUGCUUCCAAAAAAGAAAUACCUAUACCUCAUCAAUGGCCAUCCAACAUUGAACUACUCAGCCAAGUUGCCUUUUGAACUACAAGGUAUGGGAGAAGAGGAGCUUGCCAUGGUGAACCUCCGGGACCACUUGUCAGUCAGUGAGGCGCAGGAGCUCUGUGGGAACGCGUUCACGGGUAACAUCGUGAUUGCCGCGCUGGUGGCCAUUCUCCUGCAAAUGGACUGA